UGAAACCCGUGAAGAAGACAGAGUGCAGUACAUGCGCUUCCCUUUGAUAAAUAUUUAAUGAUUUUGGCUACGUUUCCUUUUAACUUUACCAAUGAAUUAAAACCUCAACGUUCAACAAUGAACCACUUACUGAAUAAGGUUUUAUGUUUUCAGAACACACGGACGCUGUUGGGCGCAGCAUCGUCGCUCCAAACUGAAGUUUUAACGACACAGAUGCCUUGGGGUGUCUUGUUAACUAACAGACAGUACAGAUCAAUGCCCACGCAUGGUAUUGGGAAAUACAGACAUCUCCUUCCAAAAAUAUUGCCAAAGAAGAAGAAGGACAAAAUUCAGAUGAAACAGAUCAAAGCAGCAACAGGCACCAAGUUUGGUGUGCUUAAUGUGUGUGUUUCAGGAUAUGACAUGACUCUAGUGGAACAUUAUUCCCAAUAUAUCCACAAUCUCUGCAAUCACUUGGAAAUCAAAGUCGAUGAAAGUUAUGCCCUGCCAACAAAGACCACAGAGGUCAUGGUGAUGCAGGACCAAGGCACCAAGAUGUAUGUAGAUGGAGUUUUAAAAACCCAUGAACGUGUUGUUCAGAUCAGUGAAAUGAAGGCAACACUUUGUCCUAUAUUUAUGGAGGUUAUUCUGAAGAAUCAGCCUGAGGGAGUGAAGCUCUGUGUAAAGCAGCACACAGAGGCUGAUUUCCAAGCACGGUUCAAAGCAAGACCUGAGCUUGAAGGACUUAUUGCCAAAAUGAAUAAUUAAUAAAUAUUUAAAUAACGUUUUUAUAUAUGAAUUUGUAUGUUUCAAUAUGUUUGUUUUUCAUUAUAAAAGUGAUCACACACUUUUACACAUUUAAUACUUUAGCAGACUUUUCUACAUUGUUUCCUGUAAUAAAUCUCUGAUGCAAUAAAAUUAAUAUCUGGUCAUUUUUGCUUCUGAUCAG